GCGCACCGGAUGAGCUGCAAACCGGAGAUGAACGCAACACGUUGCUGAAUGAGAGAGAGAGAGAGAGAGAGACAGAGAGAGAGACAGAGAGAGAGAGAGAGAGAGAGACAGAGAGAGAGGAGAGAGAGACAGAGAGAGAGAGACAGAGAGAGAGAGAGAAACGCAGGCAACAGUCUGUACGCCAGAGCGACGAAGGUAAACGCGGACGCUUUGGCCAUCGAUUCACGACCGAUAGAUGAACACGAUCACGUGGACGUUUAUUACAAAGUACAGCUUCAUUUAAAGACGCGAUGACCCGAUUCCACUAGUUCAGUGCGUGUCGAGGACGCAUCCACCGGUUGCGCGCAGAGACGCAGCGGCCGAGAGCGCGGCAGACAGGCGGGAGGAGAGUGCGCACGCACGGGCACGCACGAGCGCGGUUACCCCCCUUUAAACAUGGCUGAUGGUCGGCGCAGGGCGCUGCCGCGAUCUCCAGAAACGCGCCCGAUGCUGCCCACUGAAGAGGAUCAAGCGCGUGAUGGUGAUGAGAAGCGCCUCUCCACGAUAAUGACCAACUUCAUCCACGAUUCAAAAGCGGGUCCGUCCUCGGUGCGGAAGAUGGACGUGAUCAUCCCGUACACGUCCGACGUGCCCUGCGACACGAACGGGCAGCGCAUGUGGUGGGCAUUCCUCGCCUCCUCCAUGGUGACUUUCUUCGGGGGUCUUUUCAUCAUUCUGCUGUGGAGAACUCUCAAGUACCUGUGGAGGGUGUGCUGUCACUGCAGGGGUAAACGGAAGGACGUGCAGCGAGUGUGUAAUCCAGCCGUCAUCGGUGAUGGUGGGAUUAAAGGAGGAGGGGAUGCGGUGGUGGCGCCCAGCGAGGUGGGCUGGAUGACCUCGGUGAAGGACUGGGCGGGGGUCAUGAUCUCUGCUCAGACGCUCACUGGACGCGUGCUGGUGGUGCUUGUGUUUGCUCUGAGCAUCGGCGCUCUCGUCAUUUACUUCAUUGACUCUUCUGACCCUAUUGAGUCCUGUCAUGAUUUCGAAAAGAACUACACGUUACAGAUCGACAUGGCCUUCAACGUCUUCUUCCUGUUGUACUUCGGACUGCGUUUCAUCGCAGCCAAUGAUAAGCUGUGGUUUUGGUUGGAGGUGAACUCUGUGGUGGAUUUCUUCACCGUUCCUCCCGUGUUUGUGUCCGUGUAUCUGAACAGGAGCUGGCUGGGCUUGAGGUUUUUACGGGCGCUCAGACUGAUCCAGUUCUCAGAAAUUUUGCAGUUUUUAAAUUUAUUAAAAACAAGCAACUCCAUCAAGUUGGUGAAUUUGUGCUCAAUCUUCAUAAGCACAUGGCUGACAGCGGCAGGCUUCAUACAUCUGGUGGAAAACUCAGGAGAUCCUUGGGAAAACUUCCAAAAUUCCCAGGCACUUUCCUAUUGGGAAUGUGUGUACUUACUCAUGGUAACCAUGUCAACAGUGGGUUACGGCGACGUGUGUGCUAAAACCACCCUCGGACGACUUUUCAUGGUCUUCUUCAUUCUUGGAGGAUUGGCAAUGUUUGCUCGCUACGUGCCUGAAAUCGCUGCUCUCAUCCUUAAUCGGAAGAAAUACGGAGGGAGUUAUAACUCGACCCGAGGACGAAAGCAUAUAGUGGUGUGUGGUCACAUCACACUGGAGAGCGUCUCCAACUUCCUUAAAGACUUCCUCCACAAGGACAGGGACGAUGUCAAUGUAGAAAUUGUUUUUCUUCAUAAUAUCUCACCUAAUCUUGAAUUGGAAGCCUUAUUUAAGAGACACUUCACUCAGGUGGAGUUUUACCAGGGAUCUGUUCUUAACCCACACGACCUCGCUCGGGUCAAGAUCGAGUCGGCUGAUGCCUGUCUGAUCUUAGCUAAUAAGUACUGCGCGGACCCUGAUGCUGAGGACGCCUCCAAUAUCAUGAGGGUGAUAUCCAUCAAAAACUACCAUCCGAAGAUCAGAAUCAUCACACAGAUGCUUCAGUAUCACAAUAAGGCCCAUCUUCUGAACAUCCCGAGCUGGAACUGGAAGGAGGGUGAUGAUGCCAUCUGUCUGGCCGAACUGAAGCUGGGUUUCAUCGCUCAGAGCUGUCUGGCUCAGGGUCUGUCCACCAUGCUGGCCAACCUCUUCUCCAUGAGGUCCUACAUCAAGAUUGAAGAGGACACGUGGCAGAAGUAUUAUUUAGAGGGAGUGGCCAAUGAAAUGUACACAGAGUAUCUGUCCAGUGCCUUCGUGGGUAUGUCUUUCCCCACCGUUUGCGAACUCUGUUACGUGAAACUCAAACUCCUGCUGAUCGCCAUCGAAUAUAAAUCAGACCAGAGAGAGAGCAGCACGCUGAUUAACCCGGGCAAUCAUGUGAAGAUGCAGGAGGGCACGCUGGGAUUCUUCAUCGCCAGUGAUGCCAAAGAAGUCAAGAGGGCACUUUUCUACUGUAAAGCCUGUCACGAUGACAUCACGGACCCAAAACGGAUCAAGAAGUGUGGAUGUAAACGCUCUAAAAGUAACUAUAACGGAUACAUCAAAUCAAUAGUGGAGGAAGAACACUCGACUCUGUCACCCAAGAAGAAACAGCGUAACGGAGGCAUGAGGAACUCUCCCACCUGCUCGCCCAAAACCAUCAGGCACGACCCUCUGCUCGUCACAGGACACGAUCAGAUGGAAACGAUGGAUGAGAAUAUAAAGAAAUACGAUUCGACUGGAAUGUUCCACUGGGCUCCAUCAAAAGACAUAGAGAGGGUCGUUCUGACCAGAAGCGAGGCGGCCAUGACGGUUCUGAGCGGUCAUGUGGUUGUGUGUAUCUUCGGGGAUGUGAAGUCGGCUCUGAUUGGUCUUCGUAAUCUGGUCAUGCCCCUGAGAGCGAGUAACUUCCACUAUCAUGAGCUAAAGCCCAUCGUGUUUGUGGGGUCUCUGGAGUAUCUGAAGAGGGAGUGGGAGACGCUACACAACUUUCCCAAAGUCUCCAUCUUACCCGGCACUCCACUGAGUCGAGCUGAUCUGAGAGCGGUCAACAUCAACCUGUGUGACAUGUGCGUCAUUCUGUCAGCCAAUCAGAACAACAUCGACGACGUCUCGCUACAGGACAAAGAGUGCAUUCUGGCAUCUCUCAACAUCAAGUCCAUGCUGUUUGAUGACAGCAUCGGUCUGCUGCAGGCAAACUCGCAAGGUUUUACACCUCCGGGGAUGGAUCGCUCGUCUCCAGAGAACAGUCCAGUACACGGACUGGUGCGCCAGGUGUCCACAACCACAGGAGCAAACAUUCCCAUCAUCACAGAGCUCGCCAAAACAGACAAGUUGCUGCCACUGGUUUCUCUGAGCCAGGACAAGAGCAGCGGAAACAACAUCCCAAUGAUAACAGAACUGGUGAACGACUCAAACGUUCAGUUUCUGGACCAGGACGAUGAUGACGAUCCAGACACUGAACUGUACCUCACACAACCCUUCGCCUGCGGGACGGCGUUUGCCGUCAGUGUUCUGGACUCGUUAAUGAGUGCUACGUACUUUAAUGAUAAUAUUCUGACUCUGAUCCGGACGCUGGUUACCGGAGGUGCGACGCCGGAGCUGGAAGGUUUGCUGGCAGAGGAGAACGCCCUGCAGGGGGGUUACAGCACCCCACAAACUCUGGCUAACAGAGACCGCUGUCGGGUCGCUCAGCUGGCGCUCUACGACGGACCCUUCGCAGAUCUCGGGGAUGGUGGAUGUUACGGUGAUUUGUUCUGUAAAGCGUUAAAGACAUACAACAUGUUGUGUUUUGGUAUCUAUCGCUUGAGAGACGCUCACUUGGGAAGCCCCAGUCAGUGUACUAAACGAUAUGUGAUCACAAACCCACCGUAUGCGUUUGAGCUGGUGUCUACUGAUCUCAUCUUCUGCCUGAUGCAGUUCGACCACAACGCCGGCCAUACCCGCAGCAACCUGUCCACUCACUCCACCCACUGCCCGAGUAAAAAGAGCCCGUCCACCCACUCCAUCCCUCUCUCUGCCCGGCCGGGUCGCAGCCGCAGUCGAGACAAACAGAAUGCGACCAGGACGAAUCGAAGCGUGUCAGAGAAAAACUGGUACACAGACGAAUGUGAAAACACCUUCAGAACCCCGCAAAUCAAACACACCAACACACAGUCAGCCAAUCAGGUGAAUCAAUACAAAUCCACCAGCAACAUCAUCCAGCCAAUCAGAGAAGUGGAGGAGGAGCCAUGAUCAUGACGACAGUACAAGUAUCUUCACUGCUUUUACUUUAAGACAUCUUGACGCUGGUGAAGAACACAAUUGGAUUUGCAACAGAAUCAGAUUAUUUUAGUUAUUUCUUUUUUCAUACCAAAGACCGUCAGUAACCGUAACACACAUGUUGAAUGCCACGAGUCGCGUAGAGUGGGCGCAGGUCCUCCCUCAGGCCUAAAAAAACAGAACCCAACCUGUCCAAAGCCCAUCCAAAUGAUGGACACAAACAGUCCAAAUAUCAACUAGAUUAAACGGCAGCUUUUCUGUGUUCUCAUACCAAUGAUUUAUGCAUCAUAGCAAUAAGAAAUGCAGUUUUAAAAUACAUUUGCUUUGAUGUUUGUGCAUUUGACUUUGCCGUUUAUCUGAACGUUGACUGCUGAGAUUGAACUAGUUUCGAGAACGAACAAAAUUGUAAAAACAAUUGUCUGUUGUUUUCCUUGAAAUAACGAAGGUGCCAUCAAACUGACGGUCCUUAAAAAGUCACGUUGGAAAUGAGAGUCGUUUUGAUGUCACUACACAUUUAAGAGAACGUUGAAAGUAACAUAUUGCAACAAAAUGUAGACUUUGCUUUUGAAUGAUGUCUGAAAGAAAUCUGCUUGUGGAUGUCUAUUUUAUAAGUGCCUCAAUCAAACGUUACAUACAUAGAGAAUGAUUUCUUUGAUUAACUUUAGCCUUAACUUCAGGCAGACCAGUGCACAAACUGGCAUGUCCGGUUUUUGUAAAAUACUGCCACUAACCAAACCUUUGCAUGUGUUUCCCUCGCAAGAAAAGAUGUUUAACCAAGUGUGCUACGUUUAAUAUACUUAGAAAUAUACUUAAAUAUUCAGAAAUUACACUUGACUUAUAUUUUUACUCUUAUUUUACUCAAAUCUUUUUACGGAGAUAUACUAUCUAAAGUACACUUAAAUAUAAAUUGAGGUAUAAAAAUUAAUACCUAAAUAGGAACAUAGUAGUAUAUUUAGUGCUACAAUUUUCUGAACUAGUAUCACAAUACCUAAAAGUAUAAUUUUGAAAACUAAAGGUGAACUAAUUUAGUACCCAGUAGUAGGCUAGUAAGAAUAGUACACUUCCAAGUAUACUGCUAAUACAUUGGCUAAUACAGCUUGUAUAUUUCAAAGUUUAAUUAAAAAUAAUAAAUUUAACUAAACAAAAUGAACUUGAAGUACACUUGUUUUUUUAUAAGGAUUGUGACUGGAAAACAAACACCAGCGCAACGGCACCAGUAUAAGAUGAAUGUUAUUAUAGUUCAUAGAUGUUUCCACACAGCUUGUAAAGUGCAAUGCAAGACAUUCCAGAUGUUGUAAUGUUCCGUAUGAUUUGCAUUAUUUUAUAAGCGCAUUUAUUUCACCCUGAUUUCAAUUAAAUGAAGUUUUAAUAUCAAAGCGUUUUUAAUCCGUUUAUAUCGGAUUGUGAUUCUGUCUUCACUUUUUCAGUCAUUCCAGUGUUUCAUAAAAGAUGCUGAAGUCCAAUCAGAUCAUAGACGUGCUUUAUUUGCUUCACAUAAGCCUUAACAGAGCUGAUCUGAGAUCAGUCGGGGACUUGAGGGAGGACCUGCAAAGACCCACUCCAGCGAAAAGUGGCCCAAAAAAAAUCUACGUUUAACAGCUGAAUGACUGAAAAGUGAACAUGGAAAAUGCAACUUGUGUUAUAGUGAGCCAUUCACGAGAGGUACAGAAAAUAUAUCAUUUAAAAGAAAAAAUGUCUUAAGCUUUUAAAAGUAAAACCAUUUUUGUGUGGAUCACGUGUUUAAGAUGAUGGGGAAAUUAUUGGGAAGUUGAACUUGUGUGUUGCUGUAUCUACCAUGUAACUACAGAAACGGUAACGUAGAAAUUAAUGCAAUAUAUUAAACUGUACAAAAGGCUGUAAAUAAAAUGUACAUGAUUUUAUUUUGUAUUUUCGCAGAAUAAAUAUGAAUGUAUCA